CCGUAGAUAGGUAAUAGCACAGUAAUUUGACGUUACUGUCGCGACUAAUGGUCUGAAAAUACCUUUUAAAUUUUUGUUCCAUUGGAUUUUCUUCAUGCUGGACGUUUCAAUGUGUAUCGACAUAGCCGUUAAUCAAAUUCAACCUUUCUUAUUGAUGGAAGUGCUGGUAGGUAGUGACGAAUAUUGCCGUGCUCAGCACAAAUAAGUCUCAUCCAAACUAGUGAAAAAAGGAAAUUACGUGUAUAUAUUGUUUUUACUCUUUUUACAACCACACCUCCACCACUUCCAGAAGAAUCUACAUAUGGGUUAAGCCAACGUCCAAAUCUGUCAAGAAUUUUUAUAGCUUGUGCAACAAUCAAUUUUUGUGAUUUUCUUCGUCCUAAUUUGUUGCCAGUAUAAAACAAAUUGAAGUGAUACCUUUAUAAAAUUGGCUAACAACUUACAAAGCCCUAAAAAUAUUUGUAAGCACACAAGGAAUGACCAGUAUGAAGCAAAAAUCAAUGCGACCCGGGCCAUCAGAAAUUACCUACAAAAACAUGAAAUUUUUAAUUAUGGACAGGCCAACAGAUUCAACCAUUCCUGCCUUACUUGAGGAACUGAAAAGAAGGAAUGUGAAAGAUGUUGUCCGAGUUUGUGAAGCUACUUAUAGUACCGAAUUGUUGGAAAGAGAAGGGAUCAGUGUUUUGGAUUGGCCAUUUGAUGAUGGCUUUCCACCACCUGCUAAAAUCGUGGAUGACUGGUUUGAUUUACUUCGAACAAGAUUUAAAGAAGAUCCUGAUUGUUUUGUUGCUGUUCAUUGCGUUGCUGGAUUAGGCCGGGCUCCAGUUUUAGUUGCUCUGGCUUUAAUAGAAUUGGGAAUGAAGUAUGAAGAUGCGGUAGAAUUAAUCAGGCAGAAAAGGCGGGGAGCAAUAAAUGCAAAACAGUUGCAAUAUCUGGAAAAAUAUCGUCCAAAAUCCCGUUUUAAAGAUGAGAAUGGCCACAAGCAAUGUAUUAUUCAGUAAAUUUAUUUUCCUUUGUAUUAUCAACUGUAAAUAUUCAAGGAUCCUCACGGAUUGUAAUCGGAAUCUACGUAUGUUGGUGUAUUUUAUUUUGUAAAUCAUUUAUCUUGUAGUACUUUCAUUUCCCUAGACUGUCUUUUCCCUAUGUGUUUACUGUUCUUUGAUGUUCUAAGCUGUAAUAUGUUUCGAGAUUUGAAAUUUCUCUUUGAUUCUGUGUUUUUUCAUUUAGGGUGGCCAGAGUAUAAAUUUAUUGCAUAUAGCACUUUAUUCACUUUUUUUUUAAUAAUGUUAAAGAAGUUUUAAUCUCAUUUUACUUUUAAAUAUCUUUUAUGAAAUUAAUGUACCUGUAAUUUAUAAAAAUAUUAUCUUUUUUUUGUGUGUCAUAGCGAAGCAGCUCUUUCAGUGCUUUGUUAUAUGAAAUAAAGCUUUUGUGCAUAUACUGUAAAUGUUCUUAGUAUUUCAAGAAAUUAUGUAUGUACUAUUGCAUGCAUUUAUUUAUAUAAAGUGGAGCAUUAAUUAUCGUAAUAUCAAUCAAAUGAAAUAUUUAUGAAAGCAUUUCAUAUCAGGAAACCAAAACUUAGUGCAAUGUUGUGUUAUUACAUAUCGUUUAAUUGGAAAAAUCAUUCCAUGCCUUUAAGGCAUCUUGGGUAUCACAUAAGAGCAAGUACUAUUGCAAAAUACAGAAGUAAUUAAAAUGAGAACUGCUACAUAUCAACGAAGGAAUAUAAAAUUUAUUUAUUAAACAAAAUUAAACAACAAUAAAAGGAACAUAAGAAAUGUCUUUACAAAGAAUUCGUGUUAGUGCAUACUAAUAACAACUGCUAGUGCUUUCUCCCCACCAACCUCUUUUCCUUAACUGCGAAACACUUUUAAUAGCCUUUGUGGGCUUGUUAAUGUAGACUCUUUGCUUUUUGUUACUUAUAAAAUGAGUGAUCUAUGAUUGCAGAUUUUUUUACUAGUAAGUAAUAGAUUACUGGAAAAUUGUUAUUCAAACACCCCUUACUUCCUAAUUGUUUCAUAUAAUCUGUUCCAUUGUAUCAACAAUUGAAAUUUUAAGACAUAUUUGCUAUUGUAUAAAUUUGUAAAUGAACUUUACAUUAACUAUAAAUAAUCAAUUUUUAAAUUAAUUUUCUCAAAGCUUUAUGCUUUAUUGGCAGAAAAAAUCAAUUAUUAAACUGAAAAAUAUAUACAACUAUGUUUAAAUAGCUUUGCUAUAUAUUUAAGCAUUUGCAUAUGGAUAAUAAUAGUUAAUUAUGUGUUGGAUGUUAGCAUUGUAUUAACUCUGCAAAGCUAUAGAUCAUUUUACAUUUAUAAAAGUGAAAUGAAUUUAAAAUCAUGUAUUCAUAAUUAUCAUACAAAAUGUUACUCUUUGUGAAAUUAUGAUUUAUUUUUUUACUGUGCCGUACUUUUUAAUUUUAAAUAAUAAAUUAAUAUUAUUAGUCUCUGUAAUUUCGCACCAAAUAUUCGCAAGGGAUAAGAAACUUGAAUUAUUUCUAACUUACCAAGUUGGAGUGAAAAAAUGCGUUUUAAAGAGAUUGCAAAGUAAUUCCUUUUGUAUUUCAAGAUAUGAUAUUUAAUUGAAUGCUAUAUCCUUUAUGUUUCAUAUUUUUCUAAUUUAACACUAAGAAGGAAAAAGUACUUUUGAACAAGAAAAGUAUCUUAUUGAUUAUCUCCAACUUUGCCAUGUAUUUUUUUUUUAUUAUUCAUCAUUAUUAGUUUUAUAGCAUUUUUCACAAAACCAUAUUUUAUUACAUAAUCCUUUUUUUCGUUUGCUGUUUUUUCAUGUAAAUUUUAUUUAUAUUUAGUAUCUUUUGUGAACUCUUGUCUGUAUGUGAGUUUUGCUUGUUCAAUAAUGCUUGAAUUGCUAGGAGAGUCUCCCCCCCCCCUCUCUCAAUUACUAUUAAAAUUUAUUCAAAAGCUUUUUCUUAUGUCAUGUAUGUUACAGUUUUGUUAGAUGUAUUCAAAUAAGCAACAGAACUAUAUUUAAUGAAUAGAAUUAAAAAUAAAUUAUUGCCUUUCUAUAAGAAAUACUAAAAGAGCCCUUUACCCUUUUUAACGAACUAUUAAUUCCUCUUUUUAUAUUUCAGUAUUGAGAUUAUUUUUCAUUUUUUGUUUUUUAUCUUUAUGAGAUAAAAAAAAGCUUUCUUUUUCAUAAAAAUAUAAGCCUUAUAUGGUCAUAAUCUAUAUUGGGGAUAAAAAAAAAUUAAAGGGUUCAGCACCCGCUUUUGUUUUUUAGUAAAAUUCAAGUUUUUAUUUAAAUGGUUUUUCUUGUGUGUAAUAGUUAAUUCAUCAUUUAUUUCAAAAAUUAAAACGUAAACUAAGCAAAUUUUCCUACGUGUUCUUUAGGAAGAAUUCUUGGGCAGUUGCGCCUCUUUCUGAAAAGCUUCUAAUGUGUUACUAAAGCAUAAAAUUGCAACUGUUUCAAAGGCUUUUUUAAUUACUAAUUAAUUUCAAACAAGUCUUUUGUGGUUAAUUUGUUAUUGAAUAAUGAAAAAGUUUACCUUCUCUGUAUAGUUUUCUAGCUCUUUGCCCCUUUAGAAACAAAACAUUUGGGCUGUUUCCUUGCUGAAGAAGAAUAAUGGAUGUUUUUACUGUAUUUUGCACUAAUUUUCUGAACAAAUUUUAUGCAUUACUAAAUGUAGAUCUUUUGUCUGUAAUGGUAAAUGAACUAGUACACUUUUCAGCCUCUGGAAUCUUUCAAAAGUAACAUGUUUUUGUACCAUUUUUUGUUAACUAAAAAGUAAAUUUUACACAUAAUAACGUUUAUAUAAUCAUUAAAACCUCUGGCCACUCUAAUUAAAUAUAUUCUUGCAUGUGUCUUUAUAGGUACUGCGAAUAGCAUCUAUGCUCGUUUUAGAAGCUUGAUAUGUGCUUAGAUUUCUAAAUAUUUUAAAUGAAUGUGAAAUAGUGACCAAGGAAGCUUCUAAACUAGCAUUUUCCUUGCUUUAUUAGCACUUGAAUUGGUGUUGGAAAGUGUUAUUUGUUACUUUGGGUUUCACUUUGAAAAUUUUUGAAAUUACUAUUUUUCAUUAUUUUAUUCGCUGCAAAUUGUAUAACAUUUUGUUUUGCCGAUUUUCAGUCCAUUUGUUGACCAAAGCUUUUAGCAUUGGUCUUUUAUUUAUUUUUUCUCUAAAUUUACUCACAAUGUUUCAAGAUGUUUUUAGAUAACCUAUCCUUUCUUUUUUGAAAAGCAUUGAGGUUCUUUACAUAGUUUGUACCUAGUGUACUUUUCUUAUUUUAUUUAUUUAUUUUUUAAUGUUCAUUUAGAAAAGGGAAUCUUAAAAAAAAAAUCCUCAUUUACUUAUGAAUCAACACUCCUUUGCAAAACAUAUACUGUUUUUCAGCUGUUCUGAUGAAAAACAGAAAUCAUGUUUUCAAAAAAAAAAGUUUCUCACACAGGUAUUGAUUGAUGUUCAUGAGGGAAAUUUUCUGGAGACUACCCCGGAAUUCUAGAAUAUUUCAAGUUCGGAAACUCUGAGUGUUUUGAGUGAUGAAUUGUGGAAUUCCUGUGAGAAAAAGUUUUGAAUUAUAUAAAUUAUGUCAUAAUUUGUUACUGGACAUCCGAAGUGGCCGUUUUUGAGGACUAAAUUUAAUACUUUUCAAUGGACUUAGUAUUGUCUUUUUCUCCAGUAAAUAUUUAGAAUUUUGUAUUUUUACUAAAAGUUAUGAAAAAAAAAUUUCUACUUAAAAUGCAGGGUAUGAAUAGUUACGAAAAACUCAAAUUUUGAAACGGAGAAGAGCAAGUUUUCUUUGACCUAUUUUGUCCUAAUUUUAUCUACUCACAGCACUUUUCAAGAUUUGAGACUUAUGUUAGUUUUACCCCUGAAUUUUUUAAAAUACUUUUGUUAGUUUAUUAUGAUGGUGAAAAGAUAACAUAAAAUGUGGAUCCAACCCUAAAAAUCCUAUCUUGAGAAGAUUUUUUUUUUACUACCAUAUUUUAAGUAAUAUUCUGAAAAAUCUUACAACUCUAGAAUGUUGAAAAGUAGAAUAUCCUGCUAGAAAAUUUAAAAACAACAAGUAUAUUUUUCUUUUUAACAAAUAAAUACCUUUGUGCUUGAAAAUUACAUGAAUUACAACAGACACAUGUUUUGAUGUUACAAGGAACAUUUUUUUCCUCUGCGCUUCACAUUGGGAAAAGGUGUUCCUUAUAACACAGUGUCUACAGUAAUUUGCAAUUUUUGCAUCAAAAUGUUGUUUAUUUGAUUCAUUUAACAUUUUUCUUUGAUUUUAAAUUCUCAGACACCAAGAUAUAAUAUUCAUUGCUUUAAAAAGAACUUGAGCGCACAAAUUAAUAAAAUUGCCAUGCUACCAUUAAUAAUGUUUUAUUAAUUCACAAGAGACUCAAACUGUUGUAAUAAUUAUUGAGUUUGAAUAAUGUAACAGUUACCAAUGAUAAGAUGCAAUAAUAUUAAAUAUUGGGAAAAUACUAUUGAAGGUAUUGAGAGGUAUUUAGAUGUUGAAAUUGUUUGCCUUAUUUGCAACAAUUAAAAAUCUUGUAUUCAUAUGGUAUUAUAAAAUACCACAAUUUAAUUUAUACAGUUAACUUAAAAUCUUUAAUUGUAUGGCACUGUGUAAAAAAUAGUAAUACAGGUUAUUCUACAACAUCAACUGCAAACACAUAAGAAUAUACUUGGUAAAGUAAGCAGAAAAUAAUAUGCACAUGUUUUUAAGAUUAAAAAAAAAAAGUGGCCUUUUAAAGCUUCUCUAAAAAACUACUUUCACAUUCUAACAUCCCCUUUUUAUCAUUUUAAUAUCACGCAUUGAAUACUUUUUUUUUUUUUAUUUGUCCACUCCAUGUAGUGUAUUUUCCAAUUCAAGUGCUGAAUAAUCUUUUUUGUCUCGACAGUAUGUUGGAAUCAUGUUUGAUCAUCCAGGUAAAAAUUGGGAGUCUUCAAGUUCUUGAAUGUAUUAGAAAAAAAGGUGGGACAUUUUCUGAAUGAAUUAUUUAAAAUAUAUCCAGCUUUCCUUUUUAUACUCAACUGUAAGUUUUUACAAAUUUGUAACAGUAUUUUGUAAAAGAAACCUAUGCAAUUUUUUGAUAAUUGUUCGAAUAGAAUUUCUAUGCAACUGUAAUGUAAGAUCCCUUGUAUUUUCCGUGUAGAUCAUAAACAUGUUGACAGCUUUUCCACAUUUUAUUUGUAUUAUUGUCCUGCAACAUGUUUUGUGUAUUUUAAUAAAGAUAGCUAAAUACAAA